GAGUAUAUAUCUGCACUGAGGGGACCGAAACGAGUUCAACGAUACCCUACUUUUGGACCGGAGACGAAAAAUAAGAAAGUUAUCGUACUUUUUUCCGGAUAUCGCGCGAUGAUCGGGAGUCGCGUCGCUCUCUCCGCUAAGCCUAUCGCGUAUUUAACAGGUAGUCCGGCAAGUCGGCCGUAUAUACCUUCAACAGAGGCAGAUGUUGAUCCACGAGCACACUGAUCGUCUGCAGUUGGAGUUAAGUCCUUUUCGCACGCCCCCGCGCUUCUCGACCUCGGGGCCUACGGCCCCUCAGCCGCCGACACGCUCGCUAUCGCUCGCGGUCGGCUAGUUCUACGCGCCGCUUUCGCGUCUUGUCCAACAAACCUAACCUAUCCCUCCGGGAGAUUACCGUCACCGCUAGGUGGCGGUAAAAUCUGAAAUGGCGUGGAAUGCACUGUGAAAGGCAAGAAAUGACAGCUUAGAAUGACUGCUUUUUGUGGAGAGAUUCUGACUUGCUUAAAGAAAGUACCAGCAGUGAUUUGUUGUUGCUGUUCGUGCUUCUGGCAUCGCAGCCGUCCCCAUCCUUUGCCUUUAUGUUUCUCUUCGGUGAACACUUUUAAUUUCAUUCACUCUCCGCAUCUAUUACACUUUUUUUGCUUUACGAAGGAGACUUUGAUCUUGUAAACCACUCGAUACAUGUUUCCUUAUCUUUGACUACUUCUAUUGUUAGCUUAAGUAAGUUCAUUUUGAAAAAAUUGCUGCGUAAAAAAUAGAAAAUUAAGCAGACGAUACCGUAAUUGGAAGCAACGUCACCUAGCGGUGAAAAUGUGCAAACCAAACUAAUUAAAUAAAUAACUUAGGUUAAGUUAUUCAAUUAAGUUAACUAACUUAAAUAACAUAACUUAGUUAAAUAAAUAAAAUUAAAUUAAAAUAAAUAACUAACCUAAAUAGAAAAAAAAAAGAAAAUUAAGCAGACGACACCGUAGUUGGUAGUACCGCCAUCUUGCGAUAAAGUCUGCAAACCAUUAAAAAAAGCACUGUGAAAGAUUGACUAAUAAACUUCAUAAUGAAAUUAAUUGCAAAAGGGUUUUCCAUAAAACUCAACCAUCUGUAUAUUUUACUAUGGAAAAACUUUAUUCAACAAUACAGACACCCUUUUGUGACUUUAUUGGAGCUUAUUAUACCAUUACUUUUCUCAGCACUCGUCUUAUGGAUGCGUGGAGAAAUUAAGUCAUUGUAUAUUCAUGAACCAACUGUAUAUGAAAGUUUUUCUGUAGAUUCUCUUCCAGCUAAUCUAACUCCAUCAACAGAUACAUCAGGCGUGGUAUAUUUUACCCCGACUAGUUCUCAUGUUGUUGAAAUAAUGAAAAAUGUCAAAAAUAAAUUAAAAGGAUUACGUAUUAAAGGAUUUAAGACAGAAAAUAUUUUAGAAAAAGUCUAUUUAUCUGAUCAUUCAGCAGCACCUCUUGUAUUUGGAAGUGUUGUCUUUCCUAAUGAAGUGAACAAUACUUUCUUUGGAUGCAAUGUACAAGUAAAGGUAUUAUAUAAAAUUUAAUUACUAUAAAUUAAA